CAAUCCUAUUUUCUUGUGACAUAACCUAAAACAGUAAAUAAAAGGUAUCAAUAAACUCAUAAAUUUAGUAAUGUAUAGAAAUUUUGUUAAAAGCUAAUUAAUCAUUUUCAACAUUAAAAUGCUGUCUCGUAAUUUAAGAAUUGCUUGUAGACGUUAUUCACAAUCAGUAACAACGUUUAGAACUUCCGAGAUAUCUCCGGCUCAACAGAAUUCCAAUCAAAUUGGUUUAUUCUACACACUUGAUAAUGAUUUGUGCAAGCAAUUGUAUGGACACGGUGGAUUACCUAAGUGCUUUUUAAAACAAACUAAAACAUUUACAGAAACUACAUUUAUGAUAAGACAACCUGCUUUAGAAAUCAUUGAAUGUAUAAAAGCAACAGAUUUCAACAAACCUGCCAUCAGAUAUGUGCUACAUGGAGAAGAAGGUACAGGAAAGUCUAUGACAAUAGCUCACUUGUUACAUUAUGCACAUCAAGAAGGAUUUUUAAUAGUACAUGUACCAUGGGUGUCAAAUUGGCUGAGAAGAGUUUCUCGGUAUAAGGAAAUGGCAAACUCAUUGACUAAAGAAGGCUUUGUGGAUAUACCUCUUGAUGCUGCAGCAUGGUUAUUACAUUUUAAAACACAGAAUCAACAUUUAUUGAAGUCUGGUGAAUUAAAAGUGUCAAAGGACUAUGAAUGGAGCAAAAGAGAGAAAACCCCAGCUGGUUCAACACUAUUGGAAUUGAUUGAGCAUGGCAUUGUUAGAGUCAAGUAUGCUUGUGAUGUUGUUGACACUCUGUUGCAUGAAGUCAAACUCCUGUCCAACACAAAACAGUGUAAAACAUUUGUGGCUAUAGAUGGAUACAAUGGCUUCUUCAAUCCCCUGACAAAUUUGCACACGCCCACAAAGAAGAAGGUGGCCCCUGAAGAAGUCACACUUACCGCAUCCUUCUUGGAGCUCACUAAAAAUGAUUGGACAAAUGGUGUAAUGUUGUUGAGUACCGACGCUAUUGCACAUCCAGAAUAUGAGCAAGAGAGUUACCUACCCAAAUAUUUGCUUUACAGAAAGGGCUUUGAUCAUAUUGACCCAUUUGUACCAAUAGAAGUCAGCAAUUAUACCGAGAAAGAAUUCAUGACAUGUGCAAGUUACUACAGAGACAGACUCUGGCUAAGAGGAUCACCAGAUAUUGAAAAAGAACUCAAAAUCACUAGUGCCCACAACCCUUACAGAUUCAUGGAAUUGUGUGCUCCUUUAUAAAUAAUUUAUUGAAUUUAUAGUUGCAUAGGUUUUGUUAAUAUUUUAAGAAGUAUUAUAGAUUAAAUAAUGCAAAAA